AUGCGUCUACUCUUCUUGUAUCUUCUUUCCUACGGGAUUUUUGAAUCCCAAUCUCUUGCCGUUCCGUCGAGAAUAGCAAAGGAUGUGGCCACGCACAAGUCCGACAGUUUUGAGGAAGUGGAAUUUCCUUUGAAAGCACGACCAGAUGUACCAAAGGUCUUCUAUCCUGAGACAGUACGGUUGGUCUUGAGCGGGCACCCAGAUAUAUCGACCACAAGGUCACCAGAAACCCAAAGUGCUUAUGUGGCAUGGCAGGAGAAAACUUCGAAAAGGGGCCGCUCCAAUCACGAGCAAUUGCGUGAACAAUUAGGAUGGCCUGAACAUUGGGAGACUGCAGCUCCAGCUUUUCUCGAUAAGGGUAGCCUUCAAGAUGAGAGAAUUUCCAAAUUGAUUCCAAAUGAUUUCCCUUAUCAAACUCCGGACGGAGUGGAUGACCUUGUGGUCUGGAGCAGGGCUUCGUUAGUAAACAAGGAAUCAUUCAAACCUAAGAAAGGAGAGUCUUGGCCAUCAGAAGACUAUAAUGACCCCGAGAGAGUAUCAGCUUUACUUGAGUACAUCGACAGAAAUUACUUGUAUGGGUAUGCGGGUCCACGUGAUGUAGAACAUGACCGUAAUUUGAACCUCGGACAAAUGUUACAUCCGGGUAAGAAGCCUUACAAAGCCUCCAAUGGUCAAACAAUCACGCAAAAAGAAGGUCGGGAAGCUUUCAAAUGGGCUGGAAGGCACUUUAAUGCCUAUCUUGAGGAUGUCGUUUUGACAGAAUACGAAGAGGUGGUGUGGGUCAGAAAUCCAGAUUUCCGAAAAGGAGUCAAGUUGGAGCACGUCCAUGUCAUAGGUCCCCGCAAGAAGGAAAAACGGAGCGGUGCUAAAGCCAUCUCUUCAGGGCAGCACUUGGAGGACCCCGUUAUCACCAAACAUGUUGAACACACACCAUCUUCGGAGCUCCCACGGGUAGACUAUAGGAUCGGGGUUUUGCUGGAGAACUUCUGA